UAUCUGUAUUUUAAAUUAGCAAUAGCAAAUAACGAAGAAUCGUCACCAUCGUAUGAGUAGUGCAAAAUAAAAUGAGAAAAAUAUGAAACAGAUAGUUGCAAACGUUUAAUUUUCGCACUGUUUGUUUAUUUUAGUGAUUGUUUACGUUUAAUGUUUACAAAGUUAUUGUGUGGCCUUCGAUGUGAACAAAAUCGAUGAAAUCGUGGAUACAGUAAUUCAGACAAUAUGUGCAGUGGUGAUUACGAUUGACAUCUGUAGUGAAACAAAAGGAAAACGAACUUGAAAAGCUCCGAAAGCAUAUUAAGAAUGAGUUCAACUGAUACAAUAAAUGUAACAGCACAGCCUAUCUCGAACAAUACACACGAGAUGUUGACUUCUGUGUUCCUGGAGACUCGCUCUGCGCAGGUCAUUGCCGGCAUAUUUGUAUGGGCGGCAUUAUUCUUAACUUGCCAACAGAUUUAUCAGCACUUGCGCUGGUACACGAACCCGUCAGAGCAGCGUUGGAUUGUACGCAUAUUGUUUAUCGUACCUAUCUACGGCUGCUACAGUUGGAUCUCGCUUCUCUUCUUUAAUGGCAAUUCAUACUAUGUUUACUUUUUCACGGUUAGAGAUUGCUAUGAAGCGUUCGUGAUCUACAGUUUCCUGUCCCUGUGCUACGAGUACCUGGGCGGGGAGGGCAACAUCAUGUCGGAGCUGCGCGGGCGGCCCGUGCGCGCGUCGUGCGUCAACGGCACGUGCUGCCUGUCGGGCGCCACCUACACCAUCGGCUUCCUGAGGUUCUGCAAGCAGGCCACGCUGCAGUUCUGUCUCAUCAAGCCCGUCUGCGCUUUCAUUAUCAUAUUCUUGCAGGCGGCCGGACAUUACCACGACGGUGACUGGAGCCCGGACGGCGGCUACCUCUACAUAACAAUAGUUUACAAUUUCUCUGUGAGUUUGGCGUUGUACGGUCUCUUCUUGUUCCUGGGAGCGACUCGCGAAAUGCUAAAACCAUUCGACCCAGUGCUCAAGUUCUUCACUGUCAAAUCGGUUAUUUUCUUAUCAUUCUGGCAAGGUGUAGCUCUGGCCAUCCUCGAGAAGGCAGACGUCAUAUCGCCCAUCAUAGACUCCAACGGCGUGCCCACUACGGCCGGUACGGUGUCCGCCGGCUACCAGAACUUCCUGAUCUGCAUCGAGAUGCUGGCGGCCGCCGUGGCGCUCCGCUACGCGUUCCCGGCCGCCGUGUACGCGCACGCGCACCGCGACCCGCACCGCUCCGUCACCAUGCAGUCCAUCUCCAGCAGCCUCAAGGAGACAAUGAACCCUAAAGACAUAAUGACGGACGCGUUCCACAACUUCCACCCACAGUACCAGCAGUACACGCAGUACAGCUCUGUGAUGCGUGGCGCUGGGAUUGGCAAUCGCGGUUCAGAGGAAGGAGCAGCAUUGGCGCCGCGACCGCCGCCGCAACGCGUGGCAACCAUCAGUCAUGCUACCAACUAUCACGAAAAAACAACUCUACUCAGCUCUGAUGACGAAUUCCAGUGAAAUAACAAAAGAAUUAACAUUUGACGUCAGAAUAAUUUUGGCGUAUUUACAGAUCCAAAUGCCCACUGUUUAACAAAAUGAAAAAUAAAUAGUGAUGUGUAACUGGGUCCUUUUCGAUUUCGACUUACCUAAAAAAAUCUUUACAUCAUUGUUUUUUUAUGAAUUAUACAAUGCUUUUCUUAUUUUGACCAGUGUUUGGUCAUUUUCUCUGAACGUUCCUAUUAUAAUUCGAAAUUAGGACAAAUUCCGUAAACCGACUUUAAAAUUAUGAUAAAAUCAGAUCUUCCAAAAUUUGUAAACGACGAUGUCGGCGUGAUUAAAACGCGACAAACGUAAAUACCAGUGUGAAUAUAAAUAUUCGAUUAUCUUUUUAAACGACGACUAUGGCGCGCUACUGUUCUAUUGUAUAGUAAAUUUUAAGGAAGCUCGUAGUUUUAUCACACUUAACAUCGGUGUACAGAUAAUCUAAUUUAAAAAAAUGAAAAUAUAUAUUAUUUCACUUUUAUAUCUUGCACUGGGUCAUUAAAAUAGUUUUAUAAUAUAGUUUCAUAGCGUAUUUACAAUGAAAAAAAUGUAUCUAAAUAUAAAAUAGAAUAAAUUUAAAAAAAGAUUAUCAUUGAUUACCUUUUUAAAAUAUUGUCAGCAAAAUCUUUUAAACAUAUGUUUAUUUUUAUUUGUAGAAUAACUAAAGUUAUAAUUUUUUUAUUAAAAUAAUUGGUUAUGUAUAAUUUAUAUUUGUUAAAUUAAAAAAAAAAAACAGCUUAUAAUGAUAUAAUAAUAGCCACUGCCCAAUCUCGAGGUUCUCUGUACAGUUUAGAAUUGUAGUCACAAUAAAAUAUUUAAUAUCCUGCUUAUAAAAACAUCAUCUCGAAUAACAUAUAAAUCGAUUUUGACUCAUUGGAUGAAAAAUAAAAUAUCUAUAAUCUUAGAAUUCUCAUAAAUUGAUAGGACCAUUCCUGCACUGAACACUUUCUAGAUAGCUAAUGUAUAAUAUUUGUCUCGAUCUGAGAUUGGCUUUAAUUACAAAACUGCAUUGCUUCGCCGUCCAAUUAAAAUUUCUAUGCACUUCCAUAUUCUUAAAUAGAUAAUAUCUAAAUACAAAUAUACCACGUAGACGUUGCUUUCUUUUCAUUUUAUGCCAAAAUUUCUAACUUAUACUAUAAUAAUAAUAAAAACCGUAAUUGUUUUUUUAUGAUAAAUUGUUUUAUUGGCUAUGAUUGAAAUAGGUACGUUAUGUUGUCGAAUAAGAGGAACUGCAAGUGCAUGAAAUGUUAGACAAGAACGCAAUGAGAAAGAAUAAUUUAUGCUGUGGGCGCAAGAAUAUUGUACAAGUGUAUUGUCCAAUAUUAUAAUAUUACAAUAUAUUAUCAUAUAUCUAUAAACAUGACGAUUAUUUUUGGUGGUUGACGUUACAGAUACAGUGUGUUCAGUUAAAAAUUUAAUGAAUUCUUUAAUUUUUGGCAAAAAAUGUAAAAAGUUUUAAUUAAGUUCUGAGUUAAAAAUAAUGUGUGAAUAAUUUUUAUGUAACCAGAAAAUAUAUUUAUUACAAAUGUAAUUUAAAUAAGUGUCUAAUGUACCUAUGUAUAUUCUAUAUUAAGAGUGUUUUAUGACAAAAUGCAUAAACUUAUAUGUAAAUAAUCUUUAAUUUGUUAUCUAUUAUAGGUUAUGUUGAUGUAUUAUUUUGUGUUAAAAAUAUACAUAUAUGUUAUGAACUAACGUAGAAACUGAACGUAGUGUUUUAUAAUAUAGGUACUUACAUUGCAUUAUAUAAUUGUCAAUUAACCCUAUAAAGGAACACCUUAGGGCUUAUACGACAAUUAAUGUGACAUUAUUCAUUAAAUAGCCCGAUAUUUUGUAGAUUUUUUAAAUUUAUUUCUUCAUUAUCAAAUAUAAAGGAAAUUAUUUUUGUAACAAAAAUAGAGAAAGACAGACAUAGACCAGAACCAUUGUUGAAAGAAGAUAUAAACAAAUGAAUGUUAGAUAUAUAUAAAUUGAAAUGUUUUAGCUCCAAGUUUUUAAGAUUAUAAAUACCUAAUAACAUUAAAA